AAAAGGGAGUCUACAGAACCACGUAAAACUCAGGCGGCCACAGUCCCGGCAGAUCCGUUCUACCCGUACGCUCUUCCGCCCGCGCCGCCGCCGCCGCCGCCCCUCCCCUCGCACACAGGAACCAGCACCCUCCAGUCUCCCGCGCUUCUCUUCCACCAGCCGCCGGGGCCUGCCUUUUAUAGUCGCCACAGCCAAUAAGCGUCCUCCUUUCCUUCUGCCCGCCCUCCCGGCCAAUCGCCGCGCCCCUUGUGUAAUUUUCGGCUCCUCGGCUGCUCUCGGUUAUUUUCGCUGUUGCUGGCUUUUUCAGGAGCUGUUCGCUUGCAGCCUGAGACGCUGCUUUUUUUCCGGGUUCGGAGCUGUUCCGGAUGCUUUAGGUUGCUGGAUGUCUGAUCUCCGGAUAACUGAGGCGUUUCUGUACAUGGAUUAUCUGUGUUUUAGAGCACUUUGCUGCAAGGGACCACCACCUGCACGACCAGAGUAUGACCUGGUGUGCAUAGGCCUCACAGGUUCUGGCAAGACCAGUCUGCUGUCAAAGCUGUGCAGUGAAAGCCCUGAGAAUGUCGGGUCAACCACAGGUUUUAGUAUAAAGGCAGUGCCAUUCCAGAAUGCCAUCUUGAAUGUAAAAGAACUUGGAGGAGCUAAUAAUAUCCGAAAAUAUUGGAGUCGCUACUACCAAGGAUCUCAAGGGGUAAUAUUCGUAUUAGACAGUGCUUCUUCAGAGGAUGAUUUAGAAACUGCUAGAAAUGAACUUCACUCAGCUCUUCAGCACCCACAGUUAUGCACUUUACCCUUUUUAAUAUUGGCCAAUCAUCAAGACAAGCCAGCAGCACGCUCAGUGCAGGAGAUCAAAAAAUAUUUUGAACUUGAACCACUUGCGCGAGGAAAACGCUGGAUUCUGCAGCCCUGCUCACUGGAUGACAUGGAUGUGCUGAAAGACAGCUUCUCUCAGCUGAUAAGUUUGCUGGAAGAAAAAGACCAUGAAGCUAUGAGAAUGUGAAUCCAGCAGAAAAAAGCGAGUUCAUAAAAGGCCUUGAACCUA